AUGAUAUACUGGACAAUCCCGACAGCUCAGACGCUUGAAAGAUUCGCACAGCUUAUUGCAGCUCUAGGCCAGAGACAGGAGCUGUCUCGACGUGGAAAUGGAUUCUACGAAGCACAAGCCGUCGAUGUCAAUAAUCAUCAACCCGAGAAAAGAAAAAAGGUUCAGAAACUUGAUACACAUAUCCUGUCAACCUUCGAUGAUGACUGGUACCUUGAUGCUGAUGAAGACGAAAAUGCUCAGAAGGGUGGUGCUAAGAUGCACCCAUUGCUUCGCAAGAUUUCGAAGCCUUGUCGUCUGGCAAGCGAUCCUACUGCUACCAAAAUUGUGCGGUGCAUUGCUAGCCAUGGGUGUAAUGUGACAUGGGCAUGGCCAAGAGCUCGACAACGUAUAAUGAAGCACGCUGUCCAUGAGGGUCCAAGCAUGGCGAAAGAGUGGCGGAAAGAAGCAAGAGAGUAUAUGGCGUUCCAGGCAACAGGAGCGAAAGAAAAAGUCGCAGAAGCAGCAUUGGACUCGGAUUCUAACGAACAUGUUCUUGCAUCGGAGACCAGCCUGUGCAGUUUGAGCCAACCGCUCCCGUGA